AUGGCUCCCAUCCCGGAGGCCUAUUUUCCGUCCCUGGACAAGUGCUUCUCCGGGGACGUUCAACUUUUGUCCUGGAAAAGAGCUUUCCUCUAUUCCAAUGAUCCAGACGGUCAUGCCGAUAAUGGCGGCAAUGUCUCAGCCUUCCUUUCGCAUCCCGAAAGCACGGAGUUGCUAGCCCAAAGUGUGAUCCCUUCCUCUAGUCUUUCCGCCAAAUCAAAGUCCGAAUUCGAAUCUAAAACCGCGGCAAUCCACGUUGAAACGAAUACCAAGACCUCGUUCGAUCUCAAGGAGAUCAAGGCGGACGCGCAAUGGCUCAGCGAGAAAGCACGAAUUGACGAGAUUGCGGCUCUACGCAUCGUAGUCCUUGAAUGGCAGAACCGUCCUGCUACGCGCCUGACAACGACUUUUUCGGCAGAGGAGGCCACGAGCCUCCAAAGCGCUGCGGGUACAGACAACCUUCGUGUGUCCGUAGCUGGUCCGAACUUGGCGAGCGUUCUCAGGCAAGCUGCGGACAAAGAGGAUGCAUCUACUUUCGAUACGGAAGUCAACCGACGCUUACGAUUGCGGAGCCUCUAUAUCUCAGAGAGAAGUCAUAUUCUGAAGACUUACCGCAAGCUUCUUGUCUUGUCUCUACAUGAUCUUGGAGGCGAACCCGCCAAUAACAGCACCAAUGAGAGCGAGCGCACUUUGGCUUUGCGUAAACUAGGAGGGACACUGUUUCAGAAGCGGUCUAACGGAGAGGGACUGAACACAUUUCUGACUGAUUGUAUCACCGGAAUCCGCAAGCGACUGAAGGAUCUGGAAUCAGAUGGCGGCUGGCUAGGUGCAAGCGAAAGUAGUCAGGAGAUAGAGGACAUCUGGAGAACUACUCUCGUUGAGGAGAUUGUUCAUAUACUGCAAAUUAUGUUCCAUCAACUUCAGGCAUCGAGUGAGGCCCCGGCUGCCAAUCUUGUGAUAUCUUGGGUCAAAUUAAUGGCUGAACAUUCCUUCCUGGAGCCGUUGCAAGUGCCGUGCCAACAACCUCUGGAAGUCUUGUUACCGCUUCAGGCCUUUACCUCCCUAGUCACCCUGGCCUUCUUGAAAUUUUCCCUUGCCAUUGAACAUAUCCUCAACGGAUAUGAAUCGACAGCCUUUCCUCCGGGACAGAAGCCUUAUUAUCUCUCCAAGGAGGCCGUAUCUCAAAUCACUGAGAUCCUCCUAGGCGCAUACAUGAACCUGAACACGGCCAAUCCGGCUGCUUUGAUCUGGGGCGUGGUUCUUCAAGCGUUUGCUGAGGCGGCUAGUGUAUCUCGAGACCGGCGAGAGCAAGAGCAAUCCAACUCAGCCAGGGCUGCAUUCCUGGCAAAGACAGAGAAUACGGGCCUUUCUCGAGGGAUGGAGCCAUCACUUUAUGAAGAGCUUCUCGACUGUGCUUCAAUGCCUAAUCAUAGUGCGGAAGAUGCGAUCGCUCAUUUCUGUACUGAUGAACUCGUCGAAUCGGUCUUAAAUGUGGUCGUCACAUUGUCUACCAAGGCUGGGUCCAUGUCAGCAGUCGAUGAUUACUUGACAGAUCAAUGGGUCCGAUUGCAUCUUUUUGAUAUUAUUCGAGUUGCAUUUGACCGUGUCGAAUACACACCUGAAAUACUGGAGGCUACUUUGGCCAUAUUGACUGGUACUCCCGAUAAUCUUCGGUGGAAUAAAGCGGCCUCCCUCGGUCCAGCCAGCGAUCCUAGGUCUGUAUUUACUAGUGAUCGUGUGUUGAUGGCAGGUAUUUUUGAACUCGCACGGUCUCGUUUCCCCUACGAAACAGUUCCUUUCCUCAGACUCUGCCGCGCGCUUGUGACUCCACACGAGAUGAACGAGGACGGCUUACCUCUUAUCGUCGAGGAAUUGGAUAACAUGAGCACUUUCACUCAAAUCGUUUCUCCGGGUUUCCAGGGAUACGAAACCAUCCGUGAGGAUGAAAAUGCGAACUGGGUUUCCCUGAUCAAGUCGCUCCCGAUGUUCGAAUCGGCUUCUCGCAGCCUCCAAGGCACACAGACGAACAAUGCUUUGAUUGUAAGUGGCUCAUCAGAAAUCCCAACUUCGACAAUCGGCCAAGUCAUUUCGGAAUCAAAACCUGCCAUCAUUAUGUGGCAGCAUCAAUAUUCAUGCUUGAGCUUCCUUGGAAGCUGGUUAGAAGAAUGGAGUGCAAGCGGCGGGUACUCGUCGGAUUGGAACGCUGCACCUUGUACAGAGAUUAUUGAGCUCCUGGCGGAUCUUGUUGCCGGCGCUAGGAACGCCCACGCUCACGACACUGCGGGCACAGGUGCCACGAGAAUAUUGGAGAUGGCUAGCGACGGACUUUCCAAACAAGGCGAUAUUAUUUCGGUGGUUUUGGACAUCUUCGAACGCAACCUGCAGAAUAUCCGGUCUCGAGGUGACCCGGCAAGUGCGUUGGAUCCUAUCAUGGCCUGCCUGCGAUUCAUCCAGGAAGUAAUCAAGAUUCUUCCAAGUCGAGUGUGGCCAUUCUUCAGCCGCAGUAGCUUCAUCGGCUCGGACGGCAAAGGCGGAAUCAUGACUGCCAUCGUUUCAGCCAUGGAGCUUCCAUCUGGAGAAUAUCCAUUCCUCCUCAGCUGCGUGAACCUCCUGAUAGCAGCUAUUGAUGAUGCCGCAUCUCGAGCAGUGCUCAGGAAGAGCCCCGGCAGCGUUGCAGGCAAGUCGACGAUCGCAUCCGAUUGGACUGCCGGUAUCCCAUCCCAUGUCAUGAGAACCAUUCUGUUAAAUUUCACACGAACUAUGGUUGAGAUUUUCAAUAGCAAUGGCAACUGGCGUUUCAACCUCCCAGAGCAGCAGUUCCACCUUAACGCGAUGCUCGCUUCUGCUUUCGACCGAAUUCUCUACUAUGCCUACGGCGUCAAUGAUUCCGUGAAACCGGAAGCCAAGAUCACCGGCGUCUUCUCUGACUCUGCGACAUAUAUCUUGGAUCUGCUGCGACCUCGAUCAUCCGCUGAUCUCCCCUUCAACCCACUUCUUCGAUUAAUCUCCGACGGUCUGCAGACCCCACCUACCGUUCAUCUUCGCUACCUCACGUUGGUUGAGAAUCAGGUCAAAGCCACCCUAGGCCUAUGCAUCAAGCUCGUCCAGGCAGCAAGACUUACACAGCAGCCUAGCUCACUUCUAGAGGAGCAGCUCUUCAAAGCCACGCCUGUCCUCGUCAAGCUGUAUGCGCUGCUUGACGCGUACAGGUUACCUGUUGUGUCUUUGCUUGAAAUUCUUAUUUCUGUUGCUGCUUCGGAUCCGGACAAUGAACCGCCAUCUCUUGUUGGUCAUCUCGGAGCCGAGGCAUCGUGCUUGUUCCUUGAUGUGCUGUCACAGCUUGACAAGCCACUCAACGACGAGGCUCUGCUCCUUGCUAAUUGGAAAUUGCUGUCAACAUUUGUCAGCAAGCGUCAGCAGUGGUUGGCAGUCUUCAUUCUGACCGGGGCUUCUCCUCGACAGACAUUGAAGAAGUCUGGCAAGUCCGGAGACCCUAGCAUGAGAGGUGUGCCAUUCUUGCAAAUGGCGCUUGACAAGCUCGCCAACAUUGAACACGAAGAGCCCCAGAUGGCUCUGGCCUUGCUAGAGUUCGUUUCUCGCGCCCAAGAAAAUUGGCCAUGGGCAACUCCGCACCUGAAGAAGCAUACGCAAUUCUUUAACAGCAUUGUGAGCUACGUCUCAAAAUUGAAGAUCUCUUCUUUACCUGUGAUUCAACAAAUUUACGCAACCCGCAUUGCUGCUGUUGUCGCAGAUAUUUGCGCUGUUUACUUGCACGCUGCAAAAGAGAUGGGAGAUUUCAGUUUCGUGAAGACCCUUAUUCCCUUAGUGCAAUGGUAUUCUAAGGAUGCCGUGGAGGUUGAUGCUUACAAUUCUUCCCUUCACGCGAACUUGAAGAAGAACUUUGAAAUGCGAUAUACCGGCUGCAAGGUUGUUGACUUCAAGAGAACGCCCCUCGUGCCUCGCGCAUUGGGACGUGAUUACUAUUAUGAUCUUGCAAUGGGAGAAAAGCUUUUGUCCUACGACUUUGCCUGGUCUGGAUCUCGCAAUCGGGGCUUUUCCGAGGAAUUCGAACGAGCCAACAUCAAUCUGUCGCUUGUGGAAGCGCAGGUGACACUUCUCAACAGCUGGAAAUUCUUUGCCAUCGAGCAUUGCGCUGACUUCAUGCCCGACUUCGCCAUACAGAAGUCAAUGGCUGUUGUGGCCCAGAAUUGUCUCGAGGCCAAUAUACGCAGUGUUCCCCCAGAGGCCAUCUUCGAGGAGAUUCAGCAAGUCCGCGUCGAUUUUGCUCAGGCCUUAUGCCAACGGCUGGUGCAGGUUGAUGCCCGUGGAGCCGAAGCAUUUGCAUUACUUGAAGCCGUCUACAAAGCCCUGCGGGAUCGACACUCGACUUAUGAAGAUGCACUCAUCAGCAGUGAUAUUGAAUACUAUCGAUCCCUGCUGAAUGUGCUGUUCCUGGCCCUUCAGUUCCACCUGGAUAAGCCAUCGCGCACCAGCCCUGAAACCCUGAGCAAGCCCGCCAAACUUUCGAAUGACCUCACUCUCAUUGUAGAGAUCGUCAAGGUGGUCGUUGCGCAAGGCUUCAAAUCGCUCACCACCUACCUGCACGAGGAACCGGACAAGUGCACGCCCAAGGAUUUCGCAAUCCUCGUUGCUAUUCUUCAGAGCUGUCUCCAGGUCAAGAACUCCGAGCGUCUCUACGAGCACAUCACAUACCACAUCCAAGAUAACGACGUCGCUCGCCAUGCCACCACUUUGUACUCCUGGGCCGACCAGCUUGCAAUAGGUGGUGACCCCAUCUACGGCGAUCUCAGUGUCUCUGUUCUCGUCAAAUUGUCCACCUUGCCCAUGCUGGCCGAGCAUCUGGCCGUGGAAGCCGUACUCAUGAGACUGUCAACAUGCCGCCUGUCCAACGGCCUCCGUCAACCCAAAGGAUUCGGACCAUUCGAUGCUAUUCCUCGACUGUACACAAUCUGGACCGGUGGCUUCCUUCCACUGUGCCUGAACCUACUAUACAACGUCAUCCGCGCGGCACCAGAAGUGGCCGCAUUCCUCAACCAGUUUGAAGGACAGCUCAAUCGGGCAUCCGAGUGCUUCUCUGUCGGCCACCCCAGCGUCAGCGUCGGAGCCUCACAAAAAUGGAUCAGUUUGAGCAUGGCCUCGGAGGCAUACUCAUUGGCUCUGAUUUCUUAUAUGCUCGAUCGUUUCCGUGAAGCUGGGCCCAGCGCCGGCCUGGAUGCGCAAUCUAUCAAAGAACUCAAAUGGGACAAGUCCCAGGUCAAGGAAGACAUUGAAGAACUGCUGGGUCGCCGAUCGACUCUGCGCGGACGUAUUGUGGCAACGACGGAGAAGGAGGCCGAGUGGUCGCGACAGAAACCGCUUGAUGCCUCCUCGGGGACCGAGAAUCGAUUGGAAGAGAAGGUUGUAGCGGAGCUGAACGCAGCGGUUGCUUGUUUGGGCGGCGAGGAGGAAUCAUGA